AUGUCCUUCAUCUCUGUUUGUUGCUGCAACGGUUCGGUAGCUCCACUGUCCAGUCCUAUUAAUCUUCAAGCUCCACUACAACCAUUCACACUGAAGAGAACCACAGUCAUAGCUUCUGCUUCAAAAUCUGGAGGAGGAUUAUCACUCAGUUCGAUAUUUAAAAGUUGUAAGAAUUGUGAAGGCAAAGGUGCUAUUCAAUGUCCAGGGUGCAAGGGAACGGGAAAGAAUAAGAAGAAUGGAAAUAUAUUUGAACGGUGGAAGUGCUUUGGCUGCCAAGGGUUUGGGCUAAUCGGUUGCCCUAACUGUGGAAAGGGAGGGUUAACACCGGAACAAAGAGGAGAAAGAUAA